CUACAGUCGCGAAACCUGCAGGUUAAAGUAUUUUGUCCUCCUAACUUGUGUAGGUUCACAGUGUUCCCUUCUGAUAGAGCUUUUUGCCUGUGUUGUAAAGUUCUUUGGCUGAGAUGGGUGACAAAGAUACUAACGAACCAAGACAGAAAUUAAACUUUUCCUAUUGUGAGGAGGAGACUGAGACUGAAGGGCAGAAGAAAGCACAAGAAAGCAGGGAGGCUUCGAGCCAAACCCUAGAGAAAGGUGAAGUGCAGGAUUCAGAGGCAAAGCGUACACCACCUCGGACUCCCCUUAGUAAUGUGCAUGAGCUCGACACAUCGUGGGAAAAAGACAAAGAAAGUCCAGAUCAGAUUCUUAGGACUCCAGUGUCACACCCUCUCACAUGUCCUGAGACACCAGCCCAACCAGACAGCAGGAGCAAGCUGCUACCCAGUGACAGCCCCUCUACUCCCAAAAGCAUGCUGAGUCGGUUGGCGAUUUCUCCAACAGGGAAGCUUCUCUCCAGAGGCCCCAAGCAUUUGAAGCUCACACCUGCUCCCCUCAGGGAUGAGAUGACCUCAUUUGCUCUGGUCAAUAUUAAUCCCUUCACUCCAGAGUCCUAUAGAAAAUUAUUCCUUCAAUCUGGUGGGAAGAGGAAAAUUCGAGGAGAUCUUGAGGAAGCUGGUCCAGAGGAAGGCAAGGGAGGGCUGCCUGCCAAGAGAUGUGUUUUACGAGAAACCAACAUGGCUUCCCGCUAUGAAAAAGAAUUCUUGGAGGUAGAAAAAAUUGGGGUUGGUGAAUUUGGUUCGGUCUACAAAUGCAUUAAGAGGCUGGAUGGAUGUGUUUAUGCAAUAAAGCGCUCUAUGAAAACUUUGGCGGAAUUAUCAAGCGAGAAUUUGGCUUUGCAUGAAGUUUAUGCUCAUGCAGUGCUUGGGCAUCAUCCCCAUGUGGUACGUUACUAUUCCUCAUGGGUGGAAGAUGACCACAUGAUCAUUCAGAGUGAAUACUGCAAUGGUGGGAGUUUGCAAGCUGCUAUAUCUGAGAACACUAAGUUUCACAAACAUUUCCAAGAGCCAAAACUCAAGGACAUCCUUCUACAGAUUUCCCUUGGACUAAAGUACAUUCACAACUCUGGCAUGGUACACCUGGACAUCAAACCUAGUAAUAUUUUCAUUUGUCACAAGAUGCAAAGUGACUCCUCUGGAGUCAUAGAAGAAGUUGCAAAUGAAGCUGAUUGGUUUCUCUCUGCCAAUGUGGUGUAUAAAAUUGGUGACCUGGGCCAUGCAACAUCAAUAAGUAAACCAGAAGUGGAGGAAGGAGAUAGUCGCUUCCUGGCUAAUGAGAUUUUGCAAGAGGAUUACCAGCACCUUCCCAAAGCAGACAUAUUUGCCUUGGGAUUAACAAUUGCACUGGCUGCAGGGGCAGAGUCAUUACCCACCAAUGGUGCUGCAUGGCACCAUAUCCGCAAGGGUAACUUUCCAGACGUCCCUCAGGAGCUCUCAGAAGACUUUUCCAGUCUGCUCAAGAACAUGAUCCAGCCUGAUCCUGAACAGAGACCUUCUGCAGCAGCUCUUGCCAGUAAUCGAGUCCUCCGGCCUUCCCUGGGAAAAACAGAAGAGCUCCAACAGCAGCUAAAUUUGGAAAAGUUCAAGACAGCCACACUGGAAAGGGAACUGAGAGAAGCCCAGCAGGCCCAGUCACCCCAGGGAGACAUCCAUUAUGGUGACACUUGGAUCUCUAGGACCCACACAGGAUCAAGAAGCACAAAACGCCUGGUGGGAGGAAAGAGUGCAAGGUCUUCAAGCUUUACCUGUCAGUAAUCCUCCCCUUAAGAACUCAUUUUGCACUAGCCAACCUUUUACUGUAAAACCUCCAGAAACAGACAUUAGGUGUCCCAACCUUCCUCUUAUAAAAUAAAAAAAUCAGCCGACUUGAAUGCCCAAGGAUUUCAAAAGCUACUGCUAACUCAGCGUUUAUAGCCAAGAUCCUAAAGCUAGUAAGGCUUUGUAUUAACAAUGGUCCCAGAUACAAUAAUUGGAAGGUAUUUCUCUUCUCUGUUGUUAUAUUCCUAAUGCCAUUGAUCAACAAUUUAUUUACCUCUCAUGCUUUCAAUGAACAGCUGGAGAACAUGAAGGAAGAAAAGGAGACAGCCCUUGAUUUGGCCUAUGGAUUAUGAGGUUGCUGUUGCCGAAUUCCCCACCAAGGAUCCAGGGACUCAUUGUACAUAGAAAGGAAUAGAAUUUAGUUUAGAGUUGAAGUAAUAGCUAACAGAGAAUGUGCCUGAAUUUCCAUGGUGCUUCCCAAGUUAUAGGAUGCUACUCCUAAAAGAGAAUUCUCACCUUUGAGGAAGCAGGUCUCCUAAUGUAUGCCCUUUCUGAUACUGUAUUUAUUAAAUAAAUGGCUUCACUAUUAUGUGAGGUGGGUAAAAGUUAGACUCUAUGUAACUUGGACAUCUUUGAGUUGGUUGUUAACUUGCAGAACAAAAAUGCUGUGGGAGGGGCUUCAAGGAAAACUCAGCGUGACUGUGGCUGUUCUCCAUCUAUUUGCCCUGCCUCUCUCCUGGCUGUUCCGGUUGGUUUGAUACUCUGGGUCUCACCAAUUUCCCCUGAUUUUUAUGAGGAUUUGGCUUUGUUUCCUGUUUUUUAAUCCUAUUUUAUUGAAAUCCUUUUUUCUGUAUACAUUUUAAAAGGAAUAGAACACUGUAUUUUUAAAUAAAGGUUUUUAUCUUGUCCAAAGCCUAAUUACUAGUAAAAUAUUCUUCUUUGUAAAAUGUAACUAACAAAGAAUGAGAAAUUUAUAUUGGAGAACAUUUUAUGAAUAAAAGGGUAAGAUAAUUCAGUGGGUUGGUAGUAACAGGUCUUGGUGGCAAGUCCCAGCUUCACAAAUCCAGAAGCUAAUAAUGGUCAGGCUCUCCUGGAAAAUUAUGUUGGUCUUAAAGGUGUUUGAUAAGUUCUGUUUGUGUCAUCUUAGUGAAUGCAACCUGUUAAUGAUAAUGGCUUUUGUGCUGCUUGAUUUUCUCUUUUCCCCCUCAUUUUAAAAAGCUAAUUAUGUUUUUUUAAUUGAAUAAACCUUAAUACUACUG